UUGCAUUUAUAUGUUAAAAGCUCUGAUCUUUCAACACACACGCGAAAAGGGUUUUUCGAUUUCCGCAUCAUAAUUCAAAAGAUGGAAAUUUCUUCGUUCAAAGGAUUGUUCGUUCUCCUUUUUCUUCAUCUUCUUCGUGUGAGCUCUCUCUCAGAAACAAGAGCAGUGACGAUCGAUGUGAGCCAAGCCAGGAAUCUGCUUGAUUCUUCUGAUCAUGUUUUUCUUGAUGUCAGGACAGUUGAAGAGUACGAGGAAGGGCAUGUUGCUGCAGAUAAGAUCUUCAAUGUUCCCUACUGGUUUUACACUCCUGAAGGCCGAGAAAAGAACCCAAACUUCUUGGAACAUGUUUCAUCUCUCUGUAACAAAACCGAUCAUAUUGUAGUGGGCUGUAAAUCUGGAAUCCGAUCUUUGCAUGCAACCAACGAUCUUCUCGACGCUGGUUUCGAGGUUGUAAGAAACAUGGGAGGAGGUUUUGUUGAAUGGGUGGAGAAAGGAUUUCAAAUUGAAGCCGAGCAGAACGAUGAGCUUUGAACCAGUAGAUCCAGGCCCAAUACCAAGCCCAAGAACAGGCCCAAUACGAAGCCCAAUUCCAGGCCCAAAUGAGUUCGACCUCGUACUUUUUUUUGUAUAAAAAAAUUGAUGGGUCAUUGACCCUUUACAUUAAUUACAUGUUAGAAAAUAUGUGCACAAUAUAAUUACUCAUAAUUAAGAUUA